CCCCUUCCCCCACCCUUCCCUUCAGCCGGGCUGGGGUGGGGGGAGGGGCCGGACUGAGGCGCGGCGACGGCGCUUCGGGAGGGCAGGGCCAAGCAAGGGCGCGACUGGCCCGCUGCUGGCGGACAGUAGAGCAACGGACUAACGGGUCUGGACGCGGGCGGCGGCGGCGGCUUUCUGCACGGGUGGAGGCGUCGGCAGGAUCGGCGAGCAUGGCCCGCGCGGCGCCCGUCGCUGACUGAGGGUCAUGCUGCGGCAGCCUGACGCCUGACGAGUGAGGGGGACCUGUUGGGAUUUCUGCUGGUGCGAGCUUCAGCAGGACAGACUGGCCUCAGGGACGUGGGGAUGGGCAGAGCAGCCACCCAGCCCAGGCCAGCAGCUCCAGGAGGCAGGCCUGGGGCCUGGUGGGAAGUUCUCCACGCACUCUGCUGACCCAAAUGGCUUGGAUGCAGUCCUCCGCGAGCAGCAGCUGUUCCCAGUCCCAGAGGAGCCCACAGCAGGAGUAGGUGCCCUGUGAGCCCCUGCACUGUGGCAGCUGGGCGUGCAAGCACCCGAAGAGAACAGACCCGGAUGGGCCGCAGUGGAGCGCAAGCCAGCACCAGGAGAUCGUGGUCUUUGCGACAGUUUCCUGACACCCACAGGGCUUCCUUCUGGGGUCUCUUCUGGCACAGGGGGAGCCUGGUUCCCCUCCCUUGGCAGCAAGAGUGGGAAGGGUUGUUGCGGGGAAUGCAGCCCCCUGCUGCCCUGUGUGCUCUGCUGUGAUAAGCGCUUGUGGCUUCCCUGCUGGGGGGACGAGGGCCUGCCUCAGAGUCUGCUCAUGAGCCACAAGGACCCUGACUGCUCCAGACUGGACCUGUUCAAGCCACCAAAGAGGGGAACCUCUGGAGCUGGCAGCCAGCGAUCCCAAGGGACUAAAGGGCUAGCACGGACUGACCUCCCCAUUGCUAGGGUGGCAGGAAAGGCAGAGACCCUGUGGCCCAGCUAGUGACAAAGGAACCUGAUGAAGCCCUAGGCAGGGGCCACAGUGGCUCAGGGAUAAGUGAGCCACUCCUGCCGGUGAGCCUUCUCCUUACACUGAGGGAGAGACGGCUGGCAAGGGUCCCCUGCCAGAGCACACGCCCCUAUGCCCUUUGCACAUACUGUCCGAACAGGCAGGCUGCACCGUGGCCAGCCGCUUGGUGGCCUGGGAAAGGAGUGGCCACGGUGACAGCCACCUGCCCGCCAGCGCCAUGAAGUGCUCCCUGCGGGUGUGGUUCCUCUCAGUGGCCUUCCUGCUGGUGUUCAUCAUGUCCCUGCUCUUCACCUACUCGCACCAUAGCAUGACCACCUUGCCCUACAUGGACUCUGGGGCCCUGGACGGGACUCACCGGGUGAAGCUGGUGCCUGGCUACGCUGGCCUGCAGCGCCUCAGCAAGGAGGGGCUCUCAGGCAAGAGCUGUGCUUGCCGCCGCUGCAUGGGUGACGCCGGCGCCUCCGAUUGGUUUGACAGCCACUUUGACAACAACAUCUCCCCCGUCUGGACGCGCGAGAACAUGGAUCUCCCUCCCGAUGUCCAGAGGUGGUGGAUGAUGUUGCAGCCCCAGUUCAAGUCGCACAACACCAAUGAGGUGCUGGCGAAGCUGUUCCAGAUUGUGCCGGGCGAAAACCCCUACCGCUCCCGCGACCCGCAGCAGUGCCGGCGCUGUGCUGUGGUGGGGAACUCGGGCAACCUUCGAGGAUCCGGCUAUGGGCAGGACGUGGAUGGGCACAACUUCAUCAUGAGGAUGAAUCAGGCACCAACUGUGGGCUUUGAGCAGGAUGUUGGCAGCCGAACUACACACCAUUUCAUGUACCCUGAGAGUGCCAAGAAUCUGCCUGCCAAUGUCAGCUUCGUGUUGGUACCCUUCAAAGCCCUGGACCUGCUGUGGAUUGCCAGCGCCCUAUCCACAGGACAGAUUCGAUUCACCUAUGCGCCAGUGAAGUCCUUCCUUCGAGUGGACAAAGAGAAGGUCCAGAUCUACAACCCGGCCUUCUUCAAGUACAUCCACGACAGGUGGACGGAGCAUCACGGGCGGUACCCUUCCACAGGGAUGCUGGUGCUCUUCUUCGCCCUGCAUGUGUGUGAUGAGGUAAACGUGUACGGCUUCGGGGCCGACAGCCGCGGCAACUGGCACCACUACUGGGAGAAUAACCGGUACGCAGGCGAGUUCCGGAAGACGGGCGUGCACGACGCGGACUUCGAGGCCCACAUCAUUGACAUGCUGGCCAAGGCCAGCAAGAUCGAGGUCUACCGAGGCCUCCUCACCACCCCACUUGUUGCUCUGGAAAAAAAUCAGAAAGCCGCCUAGGAUUGGGGUCCUCUGUGUCUGUCUGUCUGUCUCUGUCGCGCACGCACGUGUGCGCGCACGUGUCUGGCCGGCCCGGGAGGCUGGCGCGGAGCCCAGCUGGCCCUGCGUGCCCCGUCCUUCUUCCCGUCACCCCGAGGAGGAGCAGGGAGCCUCGCGUCGAGGGUUUGGGCUCCUACUCCGGUUCCCGCGCACCCCCGAGGCGAGUCGCCAGCCUGGGCUGCUGCGCGUCGGGCUUCAGGCUGGAAGCUGCCGGCGCGAGCGGCGCGCUCGCAUCCCUCGUGUGUGCCGCGUUCUCCCCUGCCACCCGGGAAGUGGGCUGGGGAGGGCUUCUGUGAAGCUCCCGAGUCAAGGAGAAGACCCCUUCCCGACGGCGUGGGCGUCAGGGCUGGCGCCUCCCCGGCGGCUGGUGACAGUCACCCCCAGGGGACAGUGUUUGGGGAGAGGUGAGCAGGCGAGGGCGCCCCUUGGCGCUCUGUGAGGAGAACUCGUUUGGAUCUUUGCCCUCCCGGUUUUCGCAGAUGCUUUCUCAGGUCCCCUGUCAGCGGCCAGCGCGAGGCGCCUGCCCCUCUUGCCAGUCUCAUCCCAGUGCUUCCGCAAGGGGCCGUUUUGAGUGUUGAGAUGAUAAACAAUGCAAUUAUGCCAAACAGUAUUGAGCAGGAUAAUUUAUUUCUUCUUUGUUUCUUUUUUUGUUUAAACCAUUAAUCCCCAUUCUAGAAGGGGUAGAUCCCAGAACUCAACCCAGAUCGCCUUUUCUGCAAUAGUUAUUUAAACAUUUUUUAAUUUCCUUCCCUCUUUCUGAAUUAAAAAAACACAAAAAACCUAGAGUCAUUUGUUGUGAAAUGUGUCAGAUCACUGAAGGUGUAUCAGGGCAUCCAAGGUGCAGGGAUGGGAACGGGCUGGAAUGUUGGGGGGCUCGGCGGUGGGUGUGGGGGCAGAGCAACUCCACAGACGCUUUCCCCCUACAUGUGAGUUACCGCGUGCACUGCACUCUGUGAAGUCCCCAGCACCCUAAAUUGGAGGGACUGUGAGAAUUUUGGAUAAAAGUCAACUCACUGGCAGGGUAUGGUUGCACACACCUGUAACCCCAGCAUUCUGGGAGGCUGGGACAGGAGUUUUGCAGGUUCCAGCCCAGCCUGUGGGUUGGUGAGAUGCUGGCUCAGAAAAAAAAGUGAAUUUAGAAACCACUGACUAAAGUAAAUGCCAAAUAAAUCAUAAAACUGAAUGUUUAAAAAAGCCCUAAAAGUAGUUGCAUAUAUGCAUAUAUAUUCCAGGCUGCCUUUGAACUCCUAUUGGUCCUUCUACCUCAGCCACCAGAGUGCUGGGGUCACACGCCUGUACCACUGCGCCUAGUUUGUAGUUGGUGUUUACACUGAGUUUGUUAUGCUGUUUCUCCUUAUUGUUGUGUUGUGUUUCCGACAUCGAAUUUAAUGUGCAGCCCAGGCUGGCCUCAAACUCAGAGAAAUCAUCCUGUGUCAGCUUCCUGAGCGCUGGAUUACAGGUGUGUAUCACCAUGCUUGCCCCUUAGCAAGAUGGGAGGAUUUCCAACCUGUUUUUGGUGUCUAGACAUGUAGUUUAUUCCUGUUCUGUUUGACCCUGUGAGUUAGGCGUUGGAAAGUGUGAUGCUGUGCUUCAUCAUCUUACUAGACACCUUCUUUUUAAUGACUUCAUCUCCCGAGUUGCCUCCCCCUGCCAGAGGGGAGAAUCAAGCCCAGAGCACUCUAGCAAUGAGCUACAACUCCAAGUCCUUUUAUUUUUAUUUUUUACUUUUUAGUUUAAGUCUGUUUAUUUUGAAAUGAGGUUUUGCUCAGUUGCCCAGCCAGGCUAACCGCAAACUUGUGAUCCUCCUGCGUCUGCCUCCUUCCUGGUUUGGCCUUCAUAUGCCCUGCUUGGUAAAGCCCUCUAUUAUGAUGGGGGUUUUUAAUCCGGAGGAGGUAAAAAUAAAUAAAUGAAAUAAAUCUGGA